UGUCAAAAAUUUUGUUGCUUUGAAAAGCGUUUAUAAAAUCGGUUCUUGAUAAUUACCGUUCGCCAUGCAAAUUUUCAUAAUACAGCCUUGAACAGAACGUCAAAAACUGGAUAUGAUUUAUUGAAAAACAAGUGAGAAUAACCAUUCAUUCAGUCGGUAACCAUUCAAUAUGGUUACCGACCUCUGCAGAGAGAAACUGGAAGAAUACGAGAGACUUGUUCGUUAUCACAGGACUUUUAUGUUAUCUUAUUGCGUCUUAACUUUCGCGUUUUCUUUCAUUGCAACUCUUGGAAACCUACUUGUUAUCCGUGCUCUGUGGAAAGCGUCGUCAUUGCCCGAAACUUUAAGAAAGUUGUUCAUAAACCUUGCCGUCUCCGACUUGGCAGUAGGAUCAAUUGUGCAGUUAAUGUUAGGUGCAAUUAUUGCGAUCGUCUUGUACAAGGAAGCAAAUGGAAACCACAACCAAACAGUUCACAUGCUUUGCCCAGCAACUAUAAGUCUCUUUAUGUUCCUUAUAUUAGCUAUGGUCUCGGCAUCGUUCUUCACCAUAAGCGCAAUUGCUGUAGAUAGAUUUCUGGCCAUCUCUCUCCAUCUACGAUACCAAGGACUUGUCACUUCAAAGCGGGUAUGGAUCGUCCUGAUGACCGUGUGGUUGAUAAGUUUUGUUAUUGCAAGUGCAUUUAUCUCAAUACCACGUUAUAACCUUGCAGUUGUUGUUGCAGCUCAACUACAUGGACUUGCCGUAUCUACUGCAAUAUACAUCUAUAUUUACAAAAUUGCAAGAUAUCACAGGAAUCAAAUUCAGACCCAGUGCCAAUUGCAAAAUGACCACGUCGUGAAAGUUCUUCGGGAAAAGAAAUCCGCCAUCAGCGCGUUGCUUGUCUACAUUGUCUUAAUGGUUUGCUACGUUCCAAAUUUAGCCUGUUCAGUUUUGAUGUUAGUUGAAAGAUUUAAAAUGAUAUUUCUGGUUGCUAAUCGCGCUUCCUUGUUUUUGGUGCUACUAAAUUCCUCCCUAAACCCACUCAUUUAUUGUUGGCGAUACCGCGAGCUUCGUGAAAUGGUGAGAAAAAUGGUUUGUGAAAUAUUUCGCUUCGGAUAGGUACAGAAGGAAGCUUUCAGUCACGUUUAACAUCAGGCCCUUUUAAAAAAAAAAUUUUGCUAUUCAAGUAAAGUAAUUAAUUCCUCCUACCCUUCAAGUUAACAACUAAUACUGUCACAUAGCAGCUUUAUC